CAUCAUCCUAACGUUGUGCUUGAGCGGGGGCCCAGUACAUAUAAAGCCCCGAAUCCAGAUAGCAUUUUUGUUUUGAAAAAUUACCAUUAGACACCUUUCGUUAUUGUAACGAGUUUCUCUUGAGGGCUUUUGUAAAAAGUUCAACUUACCUUACGACCGCUUGUAAUCUUCGUCAUGGCAUUGGCUCCCAAGUUUGCUGGCCAGAAGCUGUCGGCUGGCGUUUCGCCCAAGGCCGUGCACACCCUUGAGCUCUACUUGGAUUAUGUCUGCCCAUUCUCCAAGAAAUUGUUCAACACGGUAUACAACUCCGUGUUCCCAUUGAUUGAAAAGAAAUAUCCCGGCAAAGUCCAAAUCAUCUUCCGACAGCAAAUUCAACCAUGGCACCCAUCCUCGACUCUGGUCCAUGAAGCUGGCGUUGCAGUGCUUCAUGUCUCGCCGGGCAAAUUCUACCCGUUCAGCGCCGCUCUGUUCGACAAGCAGACAGAGUUUUUCGACGUAAACGUGGUCAACGAGCCUCGUAACAAGACGUACGAGCGCCUCGCCAAGGUGGCUGCAUCUGUAGGCAUAAACGAAUCGGAAAUCUAUUCUGCACUGGCGGUGCCGGACAAGCCGGCCAGUGACGGCUCGUUGAACGUUGGAAAUUCUGUCACCAAUGAUAUCAAACUUCUUGUCAAGGCCAACCGGCUUGUGGGUGUCCAUGUCACUCCCACUGUCAUUUUCAAUGGCAUCGUCGAGAAUAGCAUUUCCAGCAGUUUCACUCCGGAGCAGUGGGAGGAAUGGCUCGAAAAGAAUAUUGUUUAAGCAGGGUACCACCGAACUUAGUCGGAUGAUGCGAGAUUUUAUCCAAAGCUUUCUCGUAGGAAUUUCAUUGCUGUCGAAUGAUUAUACGAGGACAUGUUUGAAUGAGAAAAGGGACUCGACGUUAGCACCUUUUAUCUCCGAAAUUAAUAAUAGUCGUCUAUCAAUUGUAUCCUAUUUAUCAAGCGUGUCGGGAUUUUGUCGACUUUAUUGCCAAAACGCCAACCGCAGAUAUCGAAAUGUCUAACGUGAACAACUCAAAAAGAAGAAUAAGUCCUGGUCGGAAAAUCAUUUGCGCAGGAUUGCCAAUUACAAUAGGAUCGGGCGUAGGCCGAAUAUCUAUAUUUUACAG